CUAUUUAUAGCCACAAUUCGCUCAGCGUUCCCUAUUAACGCCAGUUACCAGAAAUGCUACAUUCACGCAGUCUCACUCGCCCCUUAUCGAUAAUGGGUCUUGUUUGGCUCCUCCUCUCGCUUCCACACCUCAUAUCCGCCAGCACCGAGCUUGGGUGUUACGCCUCCCUCCCGGACGGAUUUACCGAGAACAACAAAUACACAUACCAAUCGGAUUCUUAUUGCAGUAAUAAAUGCUCUGGCAGUAACUACAAGUUUUUUGCCUUAUUCGACGGCCUGACCUGCUAUUGCGGCAACUCUGCGCCUUCCAUUACCAGCGAUACCAACUCUGCUAACAGCUGUAAUGUCCCAUGCCAGGGCUACCCUCAGAAUAUGUGCGGUGGGUCUGGCUCGUACGGAGUUUUUGCCGUGGCGAACAACUAUGUGAUCAGCGGUGCUUCCAGUGCCAAUUCCGAAGGUUCUGGCGGUCUGACCACGUCGUCGUCUAACUCUGCUGCUGCUUUUACCUCCUCAACCAGCACAACUACGACCUCUUCCACCUCUUCCACCUCUACCUCCUCCACCUCCUCCUCCACCUCUUCCACCGCUUCCGAUGGAUCCCCAACAGAUUCCAUGGUUACUCCUACGCCGCUGCCGCUGAGUACUGAUACUACUUCUGUUGAAAAGACCACAAUUGUGAGAACGGUGCUGAACCCUGGUGGCUCUACUGAAGUUGUCACCGUGACUUCCGCGGUCUCAGGUGCAGCCACUGGUGGCUCCACUACUGCAAAGUCAAACUCUGUGGUCGGCCCCGCGGUCGGUGGUGCGGUCGGUGGUGUAGCUGCCAUUGCGAUUAUCUUACUCAUUCUCUACUUCGUCAGACGCCACCACCAAAACAAGUUGGAGAGAGAGGCGGAAGAGGAGGAGAUUGCGUACAAGAAGGCGUUCCAGCCGAUUCCACCAAACUCGGUGGUUCCGCAUCUCGAUAACCCGUUUGCGGACGAAAUGAUGCUCAAGCGCGACACCAGCACCGCUAGGGGCACCUCCAGCGGGUACUACGAAGACAACACAGACCCCUCCUCCACAGUAAACUCUUACGGCGAUGAGCAGGGCGUGAACCGCAUCAACAGUAUAAACCACGCCAGCGAGUAUGACACCCAUUUGGAUCCGCGGAUGAACCCGGUCAUGUUGGGCAGAAGACGCAUCAGCGAGGGCAGUUUGGCCGACGCCGACGACUACUCCAGAAAGAUCUUGGGAGUUUCCAAUCCCGACGACGAAUAGCGUACCCUCUUCAUCACGACAUCUAUCCGGCUUUCUUUGCCAAUAACACUCAUUUAUUUUUAUAAUGCCUAUCCCAUGCUUUGUAUGUAGACCGGAGCAGUUUUCUGCAUGUUAUAUAUCCCUCAUUACGGUACCAGCUAGGUUGCUGUAUAGAAAGGGUAUUUCCAUAACGACCUGUGCCUCUAACGUGUAUCAAAAAUCGACAGGGAUGAUACAUUGAGCUUUUGCCUUCAAUGACAUAGGGUUAUAGUGCAUUUUGUUGAAAUGUCCG